AAGGAGGACUAUGUGAGAGGGGGGUGAGUUCUUUUCAUCUCAAGAGCCCGACCACUCAGUCCAAAUGAAUUGCCGCUCCGACUAGGAGUUCCACCUUCUCUUCUGAUUGAUUUCAAGCUGAUUCUUUGACUUGGUUCGUUAAAUGCCUGCGUCUACACAAUCGCAAACAAGAGAGAGAAAGAGAAGAGAGAAGCUUAUGAGAGUUGCUCUUGAACGAGUGAGGAAAGGGAAGAGGAGUGUUCGCCCCAUAAGUUUGAGGAAGUACGGACCCCUCUUGAGAGGCUUGCUAACAACCUCAUCCUCCACUAUGGCAUCUGCAGCAGAAUGGAAGCUGCAAAUGGACGCUACCCCCGAGGCAGAAAAAGCGCAGUACCGAUUCUUCUACGAGAAAGCAUUGAAGAGGGAAGAGGAGGAGAAGGAGAAGGAGAGGGAGGAAAAGGUAAAGGCUCAUGAAGCCAUUUUUUGCACCUUGCCUGCCCUAACCGAUGAGGAGGUGGAAGAGAAAACCGUUCCACUCCUCCGGGCUUUGGUAGACGCCCGGGCUGUUGAGGACCAUGCUGGCCAACUCGCCAAAGUGUUCGACGAACUCAAGAAGUUGCAAGAAGACAUGACCCUGAUGGCGCAGCAGCACCGUGACCAGCUGCAACAAUUCGCUAACGUACAGCCAACCCAAAGCAUCCUUCCACCUGCCUACCCUGCUUCUAAUGCUUUGGCGGCACAGAUUCCGUCUAAGUAUGACGGAAAGGACGACAUCGAAUCUUGGAUCAGCUCCAUGCGAUCCUACUUCGAUGUGUUGGGGACACUCCCAGUUACUCAAUCGUCGGUCCUAGGGACCAGUGUGGAACCUGUCGUAAGAGGAUUCUUGGAAAUCCAAGUUGUACAAGCAGGCUAUAAGAGAAUAGACCUGAACAAAUGGUUGGAGGCUACGCCUGUAGCUACACUCGAGGAACUCUUGAUCAAACAGUAUGCUGAUCCACAUGCUGCAGCCAAAGCUAGACUCAAGCUUGACAAGCUCAAGCACAACAAGUGGACCGACACCAUGCAUAGUCUGCAACAGUAUGUUAGUAAAUUUUUUGCUACUCGUGAUUUGGAAAUAACUGCGCAGUCUUGCUUGGAUGUGAUAAAAGGCACGAUCCCCUCUACUAUAACACAUCGCUUGGGGCUCAGACUCAGCGCAUAUACAAAUCGGCUUACCCUCAUGCGGGACUUAGUCAAGCUGGAGGUACAAGACCUCCCGAGUGGAUCGGGUGGCAAAAAGUCCACCGGUCGCAAACGGUUUCCAGGCAGCAACCGUUUUUCAGCGCACGAUCUACUUGAGGAUGACGAGGAGACCUUCGCAGAGGAUCCUUCUCUUGAUGACGAUCAAGAGCAAGGUUGCAAGGCAUCUUGCUCUUCGUCAGCCCAUGAGUCUGAGUGUGUGAAUGAUGAUGAAUCUAUGAAUGGCUUCAAGAAGACUGCCUUUAAAAGUGGAUUCAGGGUCUUCAGCAAGAUCGAUCUCAAGUCUGGCUACCACCAGAUUGAAGUCGAUCCUGCAGACCAGCAUAAAACUGCAUUCAAAACUCGCGAUGGGAUGUACGAGUUUACAUUCAUGCCCUUCGGUCUCACGAAUGCGCCAGCCACCUUUCAAAGUCUCAUGAAUAAGGUAUUUCGCAAUCAGAUCAACCGGUUUGUUGUUGUAUAUCUGGAUGACAUACUAAUCGUCAGCAAAUCGAUGGAGGAGCACAUGAGACACCUUGAAGAAGUGAUGCAGAUCCUCAAGGACGUGCUCUCCUUUGGUACUCGACGGGAACUUGCUGCUCAUCUUUGGUGCUCGGUGCUCGUCGUGGAUCCGUGCUUUUUGUCACGUGCUGAUCGCGGAUCCGCAAAGACUAAGGGCGAGUUGUUGUUUGCAGAUGUUGAGAUCGCACGAACGCGAGUUGGCGCAAUGAUGGACCCAGGAUCAACGUGGUCCUACAUCUCCGAGAAGGCAAUCCGUAAGUUGCAUCUCGGCAUGAAGAGCUGGACACGAGCGCAUGAUAAACAAGUGCUUAAUGGCGCGGAAAGCAAGCGGCAGGUCAGGUGUGGAGGCGAGUCUUUGGAACUCGGUAAUCUAGUCCUGACUGAGCAGCGUGUUCUGAUGGAGCUUGUUGAGCUUGUCCAUCGCUUGCAGGUCGGGCGGCUCCACUUGGAAUCGCUUGUGCCAGGCAUCAGUGAACUCCUGCCAAGUGAGCUUGGUGUGCAGUUCCGACACUGCUACGCCGUGGCUGGUCAAGAUGUUGUCCAACCAUGCUUGACAUGCACCACCAGAUCGGUGGUACAAGCACGGAUGUCGAUCGUUGUUCGGGACAUGGUGCAUGUCGAGCCUGAGAGUAAACUGGCGCCACCACGAGAUCGGUUCCGUCUUGGACUGAUCACAGAAAACUGGAAUGUCAUCCGGUUUGGGUGGGCGCUGGGAGGAUGCGGCGGCGGGCGUCACGGUGGCAGCAGCCUGUACCUACGUCUCCAUCUGCAAGUUCGUUGCUUGCUGCGACGUCCGGAAGUCCUGAUGCACACGUUUGAUGUUGCUGACGUCAUCCUCCAAAACUUGCACACGGGUGGUAAGGGUGGAAGGCCCUGCGGCUGCUACAGCAGCUGGGUGCUUCUCCAACGCCUGCAGCCGUGCGAGCAUCUGGUCCAUUGUUUGCUGCAGGUGAAGGAUUUCCUCCUGCUGCAGAGCGCAGGUGGCCACGAGGUCGUGGGAGACCUGCGCAAGGGCUGACAACCCUUUGUCAGUCUCCGGGGCCCCGUCUGCAGAUGUCACUUCCACCCAAUGUGCGGCCUCAUCGCCGAUCACGGUCUCCCACGUGAACAGUCGUUCCCGCUUGCGUGACCGGUGUUCGGCUGCCGCCUGCAGGUCUGCCUCUUCUUGACGAAGUCGGUCCUGUUCCUCCUUCUGUCGCUUGGCCUCCUCCUCUUGUUUGAGCCGAUUACGUUCCUUGGCCGCGGCGGCGGCCCUAUCGUUGGCCUCCUGAAUGAAUGCCGCCAGGCGUU